AUGGAGGAACUACGGCAGAAGCUUCUUGAGGCUGAGAACCGCGCCAGGGAGGCCCAACAAGAUCGGGAUCGUGAACGUCAACGCGCGGAGGAUUCACAGAAACGCGCGGAGGAUGCACAGAAACGCGCGGAGGAUGCACAGAAACGCGCGGAGGAUGCACAGAAACACGCGGAGGAUGCACAGAAACACGCGGAGGAUGCACAGAAACGUGCCAACGAACUAGAGGAAUACUCACGACAAACUACUUUCGACGAAUACAUUGCCCUUUGCCACACUCUCCUCUUCUCCUCCCUCCGAGUUCAACAGGAUCCAAAAUUUACAACCAAAGGUUCCAUCACGAACCCAAAGGAUAAGCUGUGUCCGACGAGUCUACAGGUCUGGCCAGGAUUUCUUGAGCAGCAGAUGGACGUUUUUAAUACCCUUUACGAAUGCUCCCCCCUCGAUGCUCGAGUCUAUGACAGCCACCCUGUCUUGAUCAGUCAGAGUAGGCGGGUGGCAAGACAACCGAUCGGCAGCGAGAAGACGCUGGAAUAUUUUAUGCACAAUUGUAUCGAGGAUCCGACCAGAGACUUGGUUGAGCAACUCCAGAAAAUUGAAGCAGUACGCGGUGCAUUCGAAAUCGGGGACGGGAUCGUAUUCGAGAACCACCCCCACGCUAUUAGCGAGGUGGCCGAAGAAGUCGCUGAACGGCCGACAUCAACGCCGCCGCAAACGCCAGAUCAGACGAGGGACCUCAAUCAAUUGCGACCCGACCAGAUUUGUGUCUAUCGGUCUAGCAACGGGGAGCGAAAGAUGGUGUAUGUCACCGAGUACAAGGCGCCCCAUAAACUCACGGUAUCGAGUCUUCGCGCUGGUCUGCGGCCGAUGAAUAUCUACGACGAGGUGGUGAACAGAGCGAUGAUACCGCCCAGUGAAGACACGGAUGCACGCUUCGUAUACAAUGCCGAGCGGCUAGCAGCGUCCGCCCUCACGCAGACGUAUCACUACAUGAUCGAAGGUGGUCUUGAAUACGGUUUGAUGACGACCGGCGAGGCAACUGUGUUCCUGAAAGUGGACUGGGCCGAGCCCGGUACACUGUACUAUCAUCUGGCGGAGCCCGGGCCCGAAGUAUCGGCUCACCCAGAGCAUGUGCAGUCUAGCUCUGCCGUUGGGCAGCACCUCGCUUUUACCCUCAUGGCGCUUGGAAAACCUGGGGCACAGAUGAACCAUAGCCAAGAUGAGCGAGAUCGGGUGGCGGACGGCUUGCAACGCUGGGCGGUGGACUUUUAUGUCCUGUUACGAUCGAUACCAGAGAGCGAACGAGCGAAGUCGGAAAGCGACCGUAGCUGGGCGCCGACGACGUACGAGAGCUUUGACCGGUCUCCAGCGGUGCGCAAGAGAAGGAGACGCCGGAGCAGCAUAGGCGAUUCGGGCAGGCGGCCCGCCGGUAGACGGGAUGAGCCGUCUUCAGGUGACGAAGCGGCACCUCCCCCACCCAGCACUCCCAGUCCGCUAUCCCGGCGAAACGAGGAUCGGCAGAAGGAAACACGACGAAGCGAACGAGCCCUGACUAGUCGGCCUCGUAAGGCGGCUGAGGAGGAACAAUACCCGACCCGUCAGCCUCAGGAGGUGGUCGAGAAGGACAGCGAACGGCAGUACUGCACCCAAAAAUGCCUUCUCGGCCUGGUACAAGGAUCCGAACUUGACCCGAACUGUCCGAAUCUGCGAAGACAUACUCAGGGCCGAAGUGGAGGUUGGAGCCAUCAUCUCAUCGGUCACGCGACAUGGCUCCAGCUGCUCACCCAACAGCUGCGGCGGACGCUAGACGCAGGCGUGGUGAAGCUCGACAUAAACGGCGCCCGAGGUGUACUGUUCAAGGUGACGCUCCUAGACUACGGCUAUACAGUCGUAUGCAAGGGGACAGUGAGAGCCUUCAUCAGAGACCUCGAGCACGAAGCAGCCAUGUACAGGCGUCUAGAGAGAUUGCAGGGUACACAUGUGCCCGUCUUUCUGGGAGCUAUUGAUCUCCGUCCACUCAAGAGGACGUACUACUACGAUCAUCGGGUUUAUGUGGUGCACAUGAGCUUCAUGUCUUGGGGAGGUGAGCAGAUAGACAAGGGAAAGCUGGCGGGUAGUGGGGCUAUGGUGAUAGGUUCCAAGGCAGUCGCAUCGCUGCGAGCCAUACAUGCUGAGGGGGUGGUUCACAAUGACGUUAGGCUUGCCAAUAUGCUGGUCAACCCGGAGACGGGUACUGUCAUGAUGAUUGACUUUGAGCGUUCGUUAUGGCGGCGUCAACGUUAUGAACCUGCGCGGACGGCGGCCUGCAAGAGGGCAGAAGCACUGUCGAUGGAGGGUGAGGCUGGACGCAAACGACAAAGAACAGAAUACGGUAGAGCCAGGUGGGACCUACACAGCGUCCAGGUCUUGUUUGGUAGCAGCGUGGUCGAGUGA